CGCUAAAGCGAGCAUCGGACUCGAGCGCUGACCCACAUUCGGCCGGAAUGGGUGCUUUCCGCGGCCCUCCGCGCUUUUGUCUGGGCCCGCGCGACCUUCUUAUUAUGCGCGCGAGCCCUUUCAUGUCGCCUGCCGUCGUCGGGCCGAACCGCAAUGAAAACGUACCUGCAGUGGUCGACGGCUGCCAGGGUCCAUGCUGGAGGCCCUCCGGGCUGUUUCCUGACCCGGCGGACUGCUGCGGCUUCUUCAGCUGUGCAUCAUGCCGUGCGUACCGACUACGCUGCGCACCGGGCACCGUGUUUGACCGGCGCUUGGGGCUCUGCAACCACCCACACGAUGCACCUGCCUGCCUGGCACCCAACCCAGGGUGCUACCUCUACUACGUAAGCUCCUCAUUCAGUGGGAAAAAAUGAAAAUGCAGCGGCCAGCAGCAGCAAUGUCAAGAACAGCAGCAACUUGCGAAGAGCGUGAGGGUGCCCCCGCGGCCAUCGACGAAAUACUCCACAAGUGCAUAAUAAUAA